GAAUCCUUCUAAAAGUGCGGUCUGCCAAAACUGUGGAAGCAACAACACUGAAUUGAAUUGUUCUCUAUCCUCAAACGUCAUACUCUGCCGCCGACUGCAGUGCCACCCCCCCCCCCCCAACACUCUAGCGAAAAAGAUGGAGGAUAUGAAGAAAAGAAAGCUUGAUGAAGUUGAAAAUGGUCUAAUUUCUCCGGCUUCAGGUGAAAGGCUGCGUUCUUUGCUUGAACCGCUUGCUAAACCCCAGUUGGUUGAUCUCCUUGUUAAGCUAGGGUCCACAUAUUCUCCAGUUGCAGGAGAAAUUAUGAGUCUUGCAAGUGCUGAUCCUGUUCACAGAAAGCUAUUUGUUCGUGGCUUGGCAUGGAAUACUACAUCAGAAACCUUGUGUGCUGCUUUCAUAGGGCAUGGAGAAAUUGAGGAAGGUGCUGUGAUCACUGACAAAGCAACUGGCAAGUCCCGCGGUUAUGGCUUUAUUACUUAUAAAAAUAUGGAUUCGGCUCAGGAUGCUCUUAAAGCAUCUAGCAAAUUAAUCGAUGGUCGCUUGACUGUCUGCAACCUAGCAUGUGAAGGCUUAAGCAGUGCAAGCACUGCACCUGAUCAAGCACAGCGGAAACUUUACAUAGGAGGCUUGUCACCAGAAAUCACUACUGAGAUGUUGCUUAGUUUUUUCAGCAGGCAUGGUGAGAUAGAUGAAGGUUCUGUUGCAUAUGACAAAGAUACAAACAAGUCUCGUGGUUUUGGGUUUGUUACAUACAAGACAGUUGACUCUGCGAAGAAGGCCCUUGAUGACCCAGAGAGAACCCUAGGGGGCCGAAACAUUACAGUGAAGUUUGCUGAUACGAAGAACAAAACAACUCCAAGUCAAUUUUCCUCAACACCAGUUCCUAUGAUUCCUCCUAAUGCAAGUGGAUACCAACAGCCUGGGAAAGCACAGGCACCGCUUGGCUACAGUUACCCACAACACAUGCCAUCAUAUCCACCGGUAUCUACUUACACUAAUCCUCCAGCAGCAGCUGCACCUCUACCUGCAAUGACACCAGGACAAUAUCCACAAGGACCACAACCAUCCCAGGUUUCCUAUGCACCGCCACCCAUGAAAGACACAUUUGGAAUGCCACAUUCUAUGCCCGUUGGAAUGUCAGGUUACCCAUAUUACAGUUACAUGGGGAAACCCUGAUAAAAAUACAGUUACCAAGCUUUCAGCUUCUCUGUCUUUGCUCAUAUGGUAUAUGCUUGAGCCAGUUUAAGGACUUCUUCAUCCAUCAUCUGCUCUUAUAGGCUUAUGCAGUAUGGUCGGUUCUCUACUGUAAGUUACGAUUUUUUUUCUAUCACGAGUAGAAAUGCCUUUGCUAAUUGAAGCAUUGGUAAUAAUGGCGAAUUAGAUAUUAUAGUGGCAUUCCUUUUAGACUAGAAUCCUAGAUCUUAAUGUAUCUUGUACUAGUUAGGUGUUUUAGGAGAUGAGUUAAAGCAUUUUUUUUUUUAUUUAUGAUUUUGCAAUUUAGAGUAGUUUUGAAGAUGCUUCAUAUUGAUUGUGGAUUUGUGGUGGUCAUAUUAAAGAGUGUAAAAAGAGCAUUUCAAUGAGGCA